AUGCUCGGUUCCUCAAAACGGAGGAAUUCAUUGCCUUACUACAAAGACAAGCCGUUCAGCCGUGCCGGGAGGAGUCCUCUCGAUGGGUUGAGAUUGCCCAGAUGGAUGCUGCAGCGGAGAACGGUGGCACUGGUAUUGGGGAGUCUGGCACUGCUAUCGUGGUGGUUUGGAAUACUCUCGCCGCUCGGAUUCGCAUCGAGGAGGGUGCGAGGAGACUCGGUGGUCAGACCGUCGACGCCGACCAAAGCCAAGGCCAAGGGCGGAUCAUCGUGGUUCAGCAGUGGAGAAAGGAUCGAUUGGGACCAGCGGGCAGGCAUGGUCAGGGACACCUUCAAAUUAUCAUUCGCGGGUUAUGAGAAAUACGGCUGGGGAUACGACACAUAUCGCCCGCAAUCGCACACGGUCGACAACAUGUCACCCACUGGUAUGGGUUGGAUCAUUGUCGACGCUCUGGAUACUAUGAUGAUCAUGAAUUUGACCUCCGAGCUGACUCACGCCCGAGCAUGGAUCCACAACAACCUGACAUACGAUCAAGAUCAAGAUGUCAACACCUUCGAAACCACCAUCCGAAUGCUGGGGGGUCUCCUCUCGGCGCACUAUCUCAGCAGUGCUUUCCCGGGCAAAUUCGCGCCUGUGGAGGAUGGCUUGAGCGACGAUAUGUAUGUCGAGAAAGCUGCUGAUCUCGCAGACAGGCUUCUCUCUGCAUACGAGACGCGCUCUGGUAUUCCGGUGGCCAGCGUGAACCUGCACAAAUACCAGGGCAUUGCGUCACACAUGGAUGGCGGCGCCUCUUCCACCGCCGAGGCGACGACGCUACAGCUCGAGAUGAAGUACUUGUCCAAAUUGACGGGUGAAGUCCACUAUUGGGAAAAGGCAGAGAACGUCAUGAAGGUCAUCGACGACCUGGAGGCUCCCGACGGAUUGGUUCCGAUCUUCGUCAGCGCGGAUGUGGGAAUGUUCCGGGGUAACAACAUCCGCUUGGGGAGCCGCGGUGACAGCUAUUACGAAUAUCUCAUCAAGCAAUAUCUUCAGACUUCGAAACAGGAGCCUGUCUAUCAAGCCAUGUGGAACGAAUCCCUGGCGGGGAUCAAGAAACACCUGGUCACGUACAGCGAUCCGGACAACUACACGAUCAUCGCGGAACGUCCCAACGGGUUGGAGGCAGCCCUCAGUGCCAAAAUGGAUCAUCUCGUAUGCUUCAUGCCAGGCACCAUCGCGUUGGCCACAACCGGGGGAUCCCCUCUCGCCCAAGCUCGAAAGGGUCCCGGCUGGGGUCCACAACAAGAAGAAGACAUGAUCCUCGCCAUCGAACUGAUGAAGACCUGCAUGGGCAUGUACGCCGUGACCCCCACCGGCCUGGCGCCCGAGAUCACCCACUUUAACAUCUACGAACCGCCCCUCAUGUACCACGACUUCACCUCCCCGGCCACGCGGCCCCGCGCGUCCAUCGACUUCGCCCCGCUGAGCGAGAACCCCAACUUCAUGAUCCACGGCGGCGACGUGCAUAACCUCCAACGGCCCGAGACCGUCGAGUCCCUCUUCUACCUCUGGCGCAUCACCCGCGACCCGCUCUACCGCCACUGGGGCUGGGCCAUCUUCCAGUCCUUCAUCGCCCACACCGCCACCAAGGACGGCGAGGGCUUCUCCUCCAUCGCCAACGUCCUCCUCACGCCCUCGCCCCUCCGCGACGACAUGGAAUCCUUCUGGCUGGCCGAGACCCUCAAAUACUUCUACCUACUCUUCCGAGACGACGACGACCUUCUCCCCCUGGACUCCGUCGUCUUCAACACCGAAGCCCACCCCUUCCCGCGCUUCGAGCUGGGCCAGUUGUUCAAGACCGGCUGGAAGCGCAAGGCCCAGCGCUCCCCGGACGAACUCCUCGCCGACCAGAAGCGCGCCGAGGCCAACAUGCCCGUCGUCGUCACCAUCGUGCAUACCCAGAUGAUCGAGAAGAUCGUCGAGGCCAUGACUGCCACCGCCACCACGGCUGCGACUGCGACUGCGACUCCGCCGGAUGUGGCUGCCACGCCGACUCCGGUUGUCGCGGCGCCGUGA